GACAUACAAUUGCACCCGUUGCUUCGAGACAUAGUUUCGAUCCCCAAAGCAAAAAACCCCCUCCGCCCCAAUGCCCGCCCGGCUUUUGAUGCCGCGUCGCUCAAUCCAUACAUUGACCAAGCUGCUUUUUCCAAGCAGGCCCACCGUGCGCGGCCGCUUGAAUUGAAUCCAAAGGGCAAAUACAUCGAAAAGGGCGAACAUCUUCGUGCCCAGCAGCGAGAAAAAGAGAGGCUAGAGGCCGAGCGCCGCGAAAAAGAAGCAAAAGGCAUUCUUCCCGAUAUCAACAUCCAGGAAGACCUCUUCCGGCCGCAGAUGCCUCCGCCUGUGGAGUGGUGGGACAGGCCGUAUCUUCGAGGACGCCUGUACCAGGAAUUUCACGACAGCGGGUCCAAAUUUGUGCUCGAUAGUGAGACCGCGCCCGUGACCAGCUAUGUCCAGCACCCUGUGCCCAUAGAGGCGCCCUGGAAGCGGACGGCGAGUGACGACAAAACACACCUCUUCUUGACCAAAGACGAAAUGAAACGCAAAAGACGGAACGAGCGGCAGGCCCGGCACCGAGAAAUGCAAGACCGCAUCAAGCUUGGGCUCGAGCCGCCGCCACCGCCCAAAGUGAAGCUCUCGAACUUGAUGAACGUGCUCACAAACGAGGCCAUCCAGGACCCCACGGGCGUGGAGAUGAAAGUGCGCCAGGACGUCCAGGAGCGUUUUGAAAAGCACAUGGAGGAGAACGAGCAGCGCAAAUUGACUCCCGAGCAAAAGGCGAAAAAGCGGCAGCUCCAGCAGGAAAAGGAACUCAGCAAGGGCUACCAUACGGCUGUGUACAAGGUCAGCGAUCUCAGCGACGGCCAGCACUUUUUCAAGGUAGACAUGAACGCCAAGCAGCUUGGGCUUGUGGGCAUAGUCCUCGUCAAUCCCAGGUUCAGUCUUGUGAUUGCCGAGGGCUCGGCGAAAAGCGUCAAGUUCUUCAAGAAGCUCAUGACACGGCGCAUCAAGUGGCAGGAACUGAACAACGGGCUCGAUCUACGUGACAACAAAUGCAUGCUUGUGUGGGAAGGCGAGCUACGCGAGCUUUCGUUCCAGAAGUGGUCGCCCAUGUAUACGAAAGACGACGAGGAAGCGUACCGGGUGCUUGAUAAAUUCGGGCACGAAAACUACUGGCGUGAGGCGUUU